AUGUCAGCGCCUGCUAACGUGAUCGUGUUCGGCCCAACCGGAGAUGUUGCCUCCGCCGCUGCAUUAACAGCCUAUCAACAGGGUGCAAAGGUCACCCUUGCCAUGCGCGACCCCUCAAAGCCUAUUCCUCGAUUAAGCGGUAUCUCUGCGGAAAGGAUUCAAGCGGACCUCUCGAAACCCGACACUAUCUCCGCCGCAGUUCACCAGAGCAGCGCCAAGGUCGCAUUUAUCUACGCACUUUUUGGUGAAGCCGGCGGUACUGGCAUGCAUGAUAGCAUCGUGGCUCUGAAGGAAGCGGGCAUCGAAUCGGUUGUGCUGCUAAGCAGCUACACAGUGGGUGACAGCCCUCACGAUAGGACACCGGAGGAAUACGCCGCGUGGUUCCCUUCUCAGGUCGAGAUCUCGCUCGAGAAGGUCUUUGGCAAAGACCGAUUUGCUGCUGUGAGGCCAGCAUAUUUUGCGAGUAACAUCGUAUGGCUUAAGCAGGGCAUUCAAGCGGGAGAAGUCCACCAUCCUAAUCCAGGUGCCGAGUACGAUUGGAUCGCACCAGAGGACAUCGGCGGAGUGUGUGGAAUGAUCCUGGCACAUGGUGUAAAGGAAAACCCAGUUUGGCUGCUGGGCGCAGAGCAGAUGACACUUCAGAAUGCUAUAGCUACGGUCUCCGGUGUCUUGGGGAAGAAUAUCAAGGUGACCAAGAUUCCACGAGAGGAGGCUUUGGCAAACAUGAAGAGCACAAACCCAGAGGCCUUUGCAAACUGGUAUAUUAAAUAUAUCACGGACGAUGCGGGCUAUGAAUUUAGAUAUGCGGCUGCAGGGGAGGCUGCUGGUAACGUCCAGAAGUAUACCGGCAAGCCUCCGAUGCCGUUCCAGCAAUGGGUAGAGGGGAAUAAGGCUAGAUUCUAA